AAACCGUAUAUAACAAUUUAAUCAGUAUAUACAGCCACUAAUCAAUUAAAGACGACUACAUUAAGGCUAGUGUUGUCAAGCUAACUCAAGAUGGCGGUCCAAACAACCGAAAAUUCCAGGGACCGUUGCGAGUAAAGAAAAGCACCGAACGAUCUUGCGAAAAAAGGAAUCUUAUGCUUUUUGCCGAAAUGAAAAGAAAAUACUAGCAGUUGGAGCACGAUGGCAUCACUAAAUUAUGCCUCCUCCUACGAUGAUGUGAGCGAUGACUCUCAAUCUCCCGCGAAGGGCCAGGAUUCCCGCGAGAUAACCCCUGAGCAGUCUCAGGGAGAGCUCAUCAUUGUGUCGGAGACCAACGCCAGGAGCUCCAAGAGCGCUCCUGCAGCCCUGCAGACCGGCUCUUUGGAUGAUUACACUCUGCUCCUUCAGGAGCACAACCUAGCCUCUCCCCAGAAGCCUGUCACCCCUAUCACGCCCUUCCACAAACCCUCCACCAAGCAGAAGACGGUGCACUUUGAGACAGAGCCAGAGUUCUUUGAGCCCACCUCGAGGGCCAGGAAGAAGAGUCUGGACCUGAAAGCGAGACUGUAUGAUAGGCCUCAGGAUGCUCAGGUGUUCCAGGCUGCGAGACAGGGCCAACAGAAUGGCCAGCAGAAUGGCAAUACUGAUUCCAUGAAAAAUAAACAGGGAGCACCCCUUCCUCCCAUCCCGAGGCCUCCAUCGGGUAGCAGAGUACCUGGUCCCGGUAACACCAUCAGGACCACAUUCUUCAAGAGGGAUCAGACAAGAAUCAAGGUCAGACGUCAGAUGGUGGCCAAGAAGAAAGAGAGUGAGGAAGAUGUGCAGAAGGUACCGGACAGUCCCAAGGAUCAAUCAGUGGAUCAAGGCAAGCCAGAACCGCCAGCCAAGACUGCAGAAAAGCCCUCUGCACCCCCUGUGGCAAGUCAAGAGAGCAUCGGCCCAUUCAUGGAGUCCCCUCUACAUGAUCCUGCAGAGGUCAGAGAUCAACAAGGGAGUGCACCUAGACCCUCGGAAAGCAGACAGCUUGAUACAGCAGCAGGGAUGGAAUCGAUAGCCCCUCUCUCACCCCUCAUGCAGCUCGCCAAGAAGAAGUUCACCCCUGACCCCUCAGAGGGGUCGGUACAGAGCGAGGACCGCACCCCCAGGAACCCCUCUCCUACAGGAUCACAAGCUGAUGCCAGUGCUGUGCUAACGUACCUACAGACCAAUCUGUAUGACAAUACAGCCCCAGCUGUGGACAGCUUGAGCUAUCACAUCAGGAAGAUGCGACGUGGUCUAGGUCUAGUGAUAGACCUCCCUCGCCAUGGACCGGGGAUCAAAGACGUCAUUCCAACUCUCGAGAUGAAGCUUCAGGAACCUGUGAAGGAGGUUCCACAGAACAAGUCACAGUUUGUGUACGCAUUACCCAGGAAUCGCCAUGACCCAAGAGGGCGCUAUAACCCCUAUGACCUCCAGGUUGUAUCACCUAACGAGGCCAGGACAUCCAAACUUCACUUCACAGCCAGUGCUACAUUUGUGACAUUGCAUAUUGAAGAAGGAGAAUAUGAGUAUGAUGAAAUCACGCCCACAAUGCAAUGGCAGUAUGAGAGGAGACUGUUCGCGGCCAUUCACACCCAGUCUGUCUUUGUCAAAUUUAGGAUCUGGAAAGCGUUCAACGUGUGGAAGAUAAAUGUCCGGGCAGCUAAGAAUGCACAAGCAAAAACCAUCAUGAAGAAGCAGCUCUUCACCGUCAACGAGAUCCUCCAGCGCUGCCUCCUCUACGUGCGUGCCCAGUGCGAGGCGGCCUGCAGCAGCAUGACCGGCCAGGGCACGGGGGAGAAGGCUAUCUGCCUGGUGGCCCUGGACAACCACAAGACCCUGACCCUGGGAGAGUUCUGUAAGAACCAGGCUAACCGGUGCGAUGCGGCCCACCUCCAGCUCUCAAGGAUGAGGGAGAAGUUUGUCAAGCUGGCCUGGGAGUGCUGUGUGAAAGUGGCUGAGAUGGAAGGCAUCAAUCAUAAAUUCCUUCCUGGCCAGGGACCUCUCACCAAGAAGGUUCAGCUCAAGAGAGACAAGGUUGAAAAAUCCAAGAAAGAUGAUAAGAGUAUUGGCCCUACCUACACCCAGAUAGCGCAGUGGCGAGCCAUCCUCCUUCGUCUGGCCAAGUUCCUCCAUGCCACGGACUACGUCAUCCUUGACCUCCUGCAUCGCCUGGUCAAGACCGCUGUCCGUCUCCUGCAGGAGUUCCUCCAGAUGUCCAUCUCCACUGGAGAGGAGCUGACCUUGAAGGAGGAGGGAUCAGAUAGCGAGAGUGAUGGGGAAGGGGACAGACCGAAAAAGAAGACUGGAGGUUUCACAAGAAGACUCAACACUCUAGACCUUGAUAGCAGAUCAAGCACCCCGGACUCUGCCAGACCCGAUACAGAGGACGGAGGUCAGCGCAAGAAGAAGAAGGUCAAAGGUCAACCAGUCAAACCCCCGGCGGAUGUCCCCAAGUAUGACUUCAACAAGAUCGAGGAGAAAGCACAGCCUGUCAAUAUAGAUCAGAUUCUGGAUGACUUGAAGAGACAGGAAAUCGUUGAGAUGCCUCCUGAUUCAGUCUUUCAGAUCCAGCUUGUGCUCAACGUCCCUCCCUUAGACAAACCAAAAUCUGUACCAUCGAACAAGAAAGCUGGUAGAAGGGGCAGAGGAAAGAAGAAGGUUGUGACCUUCCAUGAAUCUUCAAGCAGUAGUGACGAUGACAGUGAAAGCAACAUUGACUCAGAUUCAGGACACGAAAGUGAGAGUUCUUCGGAUGAUUCAAAAGAUGGACGUGACAAAGGCAAACCAUCCAAGAAAUAUGCCUAUCCUAUCGACCAUCAGGGAGACGGGGACAAGGUACCUAGCAAAGUGACGAUCAGUCUACAGCCCUCCAGAGAACAGUUCAUGUCCAAGGUCAAAGGCAUCAUUGCCGGUUUUGAGCACACUGUGGGUCAAGUCCAGGCCUUACAUCGUGACCCCUACCUCCAAGUCUUCUGGAGCCCUCCUCGCUACGACCUCAAGCUCUCCACCAUGGUUAUGGACGACGAGGAGGUGCGUCGACCCUGGCCCGACCUGGAGCUGCUCUUCGGGGAGGAUGGGGAGUACGGGAGCUCCGUCACGGAGGUGCUCCAGGCUCUAUCAGAGAAUGUCAACUCGGUGCAGGAAUAUGCCAAGAACUUUGAGCCAUACACUGGCAUGGUGGACCAGGCAAGACGAGUGGAUGUUGAGGGCUCCCUUCAGAAACGAGAGUGGACCACGGAAGAGUUCAACCAUGUCCUCUCUGCUCACUCAGAGAUGGUUCACUCCAUGGACAACAUGGAGAAGGAGCGUAGGAGUGGGAUGAUCCAUGUCAAGGUGCAGAACUUUCAGAAGACCUGUCUUCCCUACCCAACCAAUGUCAUGGUGGCCGUUGUCAAGAGACUUCCGCAGAUUGCCAACAGGCGCAACGAGAAUCUUCUCAAAGUUAUCAAGAGUGCCUCUAAGAAGCUGGACCACAUGCCCCAGUCCGUGGAGGAGUUUGUGGAGCAUCUCUCGUUCCUCUCCCGCAUGGGAUCGGAGCUGCCGUCCCUGGAGAAGGAAUACUUUGUGGUGACGAGGCUCUUCACCAUCGCCAAGGACUUUGAUGUCCCCAUACAACCGGAGGAGCUGGCCUUGUAUCAGACACUCAUGCCAAGCUUCCAGCAUCUCAAGUCAACCAUCAUCUACUGUGAGGCCAAGAAGGAUGAGAAUAUCAGCAAGUUCAGUGAUGAUCUCAACAUCCACAUCCAAGGACUUUUGUCCGAGGCAUACGACAUCCGCAAUCGCGUACAGGCCCCGACCCUGCUCAGUGCAGACACCCUAGCAGUGGUGGCCAUGGAAAAGCUGAAGCUGCUCAGUGAUGAGCUCAGUGCCAUCUCCGGCAAGGCCAGGAGCUAUGCCAGCUACCAGGAUCGCUUCGGGAGCUCCAUCUCAUCUCAGAACAGGAUGAAAGGCAUCUCAGAAGAUUACAUGACGUCGGACUACAAUGACCGCGGUGCUAGCGCACAGCAGAUCCUGUCGGAGCUCUCGGAGAUCGAGCGGGAGCUGCAGCUGAGGAAGCUUCUCUGGGAGUCCUCUGACGAGUGGGGUAACCUGGUGGAGGACUGGACCGAGACUCAGUUUGAUGGACUCAACGUGGACGUCAUGCAGAAGAAUGUCAGCAAGUUCACCCAGACUGUGUUCAUGUUAGAGAAAGGGUUACCAGCAAAUGAAGUGCUUCCCAGGCUGAAGGAGCUGGUCCUAAGCUUCAAGCAAGGCAUGCCAGUCAUCACAGCCUUGAGAAAUCCAGCUCUUCGGCCUAGGCACUGGCAAGAGAUCCAGGCCCUGAUUGGUAGGGCCAUCAUCAGGGACAAGAACUUCACCCUUGGAAAGUUUCUGGAGCUACAGCUCUUUCAAUACAAAGACCAAAUCAAUGAUAUAUCAACAACAGCCAGCAAUGAAGCCACACUUGAGGUCAUGUUGAAUAAGGUCAUUGAUCUGUGGCGAGUGACGGACUUCCGCCUGGUGCCCCACAGUGGGCGUGACUUCAGCAUCAUAGCAGGAGCGGAUGACAUCAUGACCCAGCUGGAGGAGAGUCAGGUUACCAUAGGAACCAUCAGAGGCUCUAGAUAUGUCACGCCCAUCAAGGCCCUCGUUGAUGAAUGGGACAGGAAGCUGAAUGUGUUUGCCCGUACCCUGGAUGAAUGGAUGAUGUGUCAGAGAAACUGGCUCUACCUGGAGCAGAUCUUCACUACACCGGACAUACAGAGGCAACUCCCUACCGAAGCCAAGCUGUUCGCCAGUGUUGACAAGUCUUGGAAGGACAUCAUGCGUCGUACGGAGGACAGACCCAAUGCCCUCAGGUGUGCCACUCUGCCUGGUGUACUGGAGAUCCUGCAGACCAACAACUCCAACCUGGAGAAGAUUCAUAAAUGCCUAGAGGACUACCUGGAGACCAAGAGACUGGUGUUCCCACGGUUCUACUUUCUCAGUAAUGAUGAUCUACUGGACAUACUGGCACAGAGCAAGAAUCCUGAUGCAGUACAGCCCCACUUGGUCAAGUGUUUUGGUAACAUCAAGAGCCUAGAGUUCCACAGAGAACCCAAGCUGCCACCGACGGUCAGAGCUAUGAUAUCAGCUGAAGGGGAAGCCAUCUUCUUGCCCAAGAAUGUUCGUGCAAGGAAUCCGGUAGAGCAGUGGCUUGGCAGUGUGGAAUCGGCCAUGUUUGACUCAGUGAGAAGGAAUCUGAAGGAGAGUGUAGGGAAGUGGGGUAAGGAUCUUGAGGACUGGGUCAUGUCGCAUCCUGGCCAGAUUGUUCUCACCGUGGUCCAGAUCAUGUACAACCGAGAGGUGACUGCCAGCCUGGAGGAUCGCAAGGCAUCCAAAGCCCUGAUGGAGUCCAGGGACAGACUGGUCGGCCGUCUCAACAUCCUGGCCGGAAUGGUGACCAAGCCGCUGCCCCAUUUUAAGAGGAACAGUGUGGAGGCGCUCAUGGUCAUCAUGGUCCAUUCCAGGGAUAUUGUGAAUAAUCUUAUCGAUAGCAAGAUCAGGAAAAGUGAUGAUUUUGAGUGGACAAAGCAACUACGUUACCAAUGGGAAGAGCAGGGCAACUCCUGUAUCGUCCACCAGGCCAACGCCUCCUUCCAGUACGGCUACGAGUACCUGGGCUGCUCCCUGCGUCUGGUCAUCACGCCCCUGACUGACCGCUGCUAUCUCACGCUGACCGGUGCCAUGCACAUGCACCUUGGCGGGUCGCCAGCUGGACCGGCCGGAACGGGCAAGACAGAGACGGUCAAGGAUCUGGCCAAGUCGGUGGGGAAGCUGUGUCUGGUGUUCAACUGCUCUGAGGGGUUGGAUUAUAAGAUGAUGGGCAAGUUCUUCUCUGGUCUGUCCCAGUCUGGUAGUUGGUGUUGCUUUGAUGAGUUCAACAGGAUUGAUAUCGAGGUACUCUCUGUCAUCGCUCAGCAGCUUCACAGCAUCAAGACAGCCAAAGAUGCUAAUGCUCUCAGGUUUAUGUUUGAAGGUCGUGACAUCAGGCUAAAUACAACAUGCGGAGUCUUCAUCACCAUGAACCCAACGUACGCUGGACGUGUGGAGCUUCCAGACAAUCUCAAGUCCCUCUUCCGCCCGGUCUCCAUGAUGGUGCCUGACUAUGCCCUCAUUGCUGAGAUCAUGCUCUUCUCCGAAGGCUUCACCUCAGCCCGGUCGCUCUCAAAUAAGAUCGUCAACCUCUAUCAGCUGGCCAGUAAACAGCUCUCUCAACAGGAUCAUUAUGACUUUGGUAUGAGGGCCAUCAAGUCUGUUCUUGUCAUGGCUGGACAGAGGAAAAGAAAGGCUCAGAUGGAGUCUACCGAGGCCAAGCCGCUCAGCGAGCUGGAGGAAUCCUACAUUCUCAUCCAUGCCCUGAGGGAUGCCAACAUGCCCAAAUUCUUAGCGGAAGAUGUACCCCUCUUUGAAAACAUCCUAGCUGAUCUCUUCCCCGGCAUCGACCCACCACAACCAGACUUCGGGGUGUUAGAGAGAGCGAUCUCCAUGGCGAUACGUGACCUGACCUUGCAGCACUGGCCGAGCCAGAUAGAGCACGUCAAGCAGCUCCAUUCCCAGAUCCUGGUCCGACACGGUGUCAUGCUGGUCGGACCAUCGGGCGGUGGCAAGACGUCCGUCAGGAACAUCCUACAGAGGGCGCUGGUCGUCCUACCCACGAUUCACAUGGAGGAGGGCCAUGAGAAGGGCAAGACGGUCAUGAGAACACAUGGCAAGAAGGGUCGUGUGGACACGUUCACACUCAACCCCAAAUGCGUCAAGAUGGGUGAGCUGUACGGUCAGACCGACCCAAACACCCUGGAGUGGACGGACGGUCUCCUCGCCUCAGCGGUCAGGAAGUUCUCAAGGGAGAGCGCCAGUCAUCACCUAGGAGUGGAGGACGAGGGUAGACCAGGAACCAAUGUCAGCGGGACCAUUAGGGACCUGGACUCGGUUUCAGGGAUGACCACCCCAAGGUCGGCCUCCCGAGGCCCAUCCCCCGGAGGAGGCGCCUCCUACCCGCCGUCCACCUCUGCUUCCCAGUCUGUCCCUGACUCCGUCACGGGCGACGACACCGUCCGGCCGCUGACCGAGGACCGGAGCGAGAAAAUGGGCCAUGGGGCCAGUGAGCAGACGCCCAACGACUGGCAGUGGCUGGUCCUGGACGGUCCGGUGGAUACCCUGUGGGUGGAGAACCUGAACACAGCGCUGGACGAUAGUAAGCUCCUGUGCCUGGCUAAUGGGGAGAGAAUCAGCUUGACCCCUGGUAUGAGGCUACUGUUUGAGGUGGACAACCUGUCUCAGGCCAGUCCGGCCACGAUCAGCAGAUGUGCCAUGGUGUAUCUGGAUCCUGUUGAUCUUGGAUGGCGGCCAUCUGUGAAGACAUGGAUCUCAAAGUUAUCCAAGGAUAUACCUGAGAGUGGGAAGCAGCAUCUGCAGGCGCUGUUUGACAAGAGUCUUGACAAGGGGUUAGAGUUCGUCCAGGAGUACAAAGGUCACCAGCAUGUCCCGGCCUCACAGACCAGCAUGGUCAACACCCUCUGCAACCUGCUGGGAGCCUUCCUGGACUUCCUCGGCAAGAAUGGUGGCUUCGGAAAUCCUGAUGACGAGAGGCCUUCCAGUGGGGAGAGUCUUAUGUCCAGUCAAUCUGGACGUUCUUCUAGGUCAGGUAACAAGAGAGGUCCUAAGAAGAACAAAGAGAAACCCAAGGUCCAGGCCAACAGGGGAAGCACCAAGGAGUGGUACCUGCAAAAGCACCCAGACCAGCUUCUCAACAUGCUGGGCAAGAUCUUUGUUUUCUGCUACGUCUGGUCCAUCGGUGGAGUCCUGAGGAGAGAAGACGACAGCGAUGACGACGGAGGCAUCUCCAUAGGACCAGCAGGAGGAGGAGGUGGAGGAGGUGGUGGAGGGGGAGGAGGAGGAGGGAAGAAGGCAGAGCUGGUGGAGUUCAACAUCUCCUACGAGUUUGAUGGCUUCGUCCAUGAAAUGUUUGAUACGGAACCACCCCUUGGAGUGCGACUUCCCUCCGGUAGCCGAACCAUCUUCCACUACUUUGUGAACCUGGAGAGCGGCAAGUUUGUACCCUGGGAUGAGCUGGUACCAAGCACAAAGUCCCUCAUCGAUAAGGGCGUGACCCAUGUCUCUCUAGGAGAGCAGCUAGGAGUCACCAACCAGAUGAGCAAAGAGGUAUCCCUUGAGGAUGGUGGACAGGUGCCAACCGUAGAUACCAUCAGGUAUUCCUUCCUAACGAGUCUCCUGCUGCUCAACAAGAAACCUGUACUACUCACAGGUGAUUCUGGAGUUGGCAAGUCGGCCCUGAUCAGUCACAUGCUGAAGCGUCUUUGCCGGGAGAAAGGAACCACCACAGAGCACGGCUCCAUCCUGGGGGAGGUGUUCAACUACAGCGAUAGAGGCACCAACAUCCUCUCCAACAUCUCUGCUCUCACAUCAAGUGUGCUCAACGAGGAUGGCAUGAAUGGAGGUGGAAUGAUGGGAGGCGGAGCAAUGGACUUGACCUUUAUGACGGGGGGACAGGUCAAGAAACAAGUUACAGGAUUGGUCAGCACCACCCUACAGCUCAGUGCCCAGACCGCUCCGGCCAGAGUGACCACUCAGAUACAGCACAAACUGAUCAAGAAGGGCAGAGACACCAUGGUCGGACCUAGAGGCAAGAAGGUUGUGGUCUUUGUGGAUGAUCUCAACCUACCCGCUCCAGAGCAGUAUGGAGCCCAACCUCCCCUGGAGCUCCUCAGGCAGUUCAUGGAACUACACGGAUUCUAUGACACUACCAAGCUAACUUGGAAGAAUAUCUCGGAUGUGACGCUAGUGGCUGCCUGUGCACCGAUAGGAGGAGGGCGUAACUCCAUCAGUCCAAGACUUCUUAAACACUUCUGCAUGCUGGCCUUGCCACAGCCAUCCACCCGCUCCCUCCAGCACAUCUACCAGGUCCAGCUAGGGCGUUUCCUGGAGAAUGGGGACUUCCUACCCGAUGUGAAGGAGCUCCUCAACCCCCUGGUCUCCGCUUCCAUAGCCAUCUACUACAAGAUGUGUGCCAACAUCCUACCCACUCCUGCAAAGUCUCAUUAUACCUUCAACCUUAGAGAUCUAUCCAAGGUGAUCCUAGGCCUACUGUUAGCCAAUGAGACCACAGUCACCUCCACCGAGUCUGCAGCGCAGCUCCUGGCCCACGAGGCUAUGAGGGUCUUCCAUGACAGGCUGGUCGAUGACAAGGAUCGCCUCAAGUUCUUUGAGUUUCUAGCUGACGAUUUGCACAACUAUUUUAAGGUGAAAUGGUCUGCUGAGACCCUUCGAGAUAAGCCGUUCCUGUUUGGUGAUUUCUUGGACCUGAAUGCGCCUUCUGCAGAGCGUAUCUACCGACCGAUUAACGACUACGGCAAACUGUCAAGCAUCCUGGAAGAAUUCCUUGUCCGCAUCAAUUACGGCGGAGGACAGCUUGUGUUCUUCAGGGAGGCCCUUGAGCAUAUCGUCCGAGCCGCCAGGGUAUUCCGCCAACCCGGAGGCCACAUGGUCCUGGUGGGACUGGACGGUACCGGCAAGUCCACCACUGUCCAGCUGGCCUGCCACGUGGCCGGGUGCGAGCUCUUUAAGCUGAUGCUGACAAGGGGGUACGGUCAGUCGGACUUCAGGGACGAUCUCAAGACGGUGUUCAGGAAGGCAGGGGUCAAGGGCAUCAACGUGGUGUUUCUACUCACGGACAGUGAUAUUGUCAAGGAAUCUUUCCUGGAAGACAUCAACUGUGUGCUGAACUCUGGUGAGGUUCCCGACCUCUUUGAUAACGAUGACAUGGAGGGCAUCAUGAUGGAGCUCAAGAGAGUUGCUCAGGAUGCUGAGAUGCCAGAUAACAGAGAAUCUGUCUAUGGGUUCUUUAUACAGAGGGUCAAAAGUAGACUUCACAUCGUCAUAGCCACCAGCCCGGCUGGAGAGGCCUUCCGGCAGCGUUGCCGUAGCAACCCCUCCCUGGUGAACUGCUGUACCUUUGACUGGUAUGACGAGUGGAGCACCGAGGCCAUGCUGAGAGUGGCCCAUGUCUUCCUGAUGAGGGCAGACUUCAAAGGAAUCCUGGGAGACACCGACCCAAAGACCUUGAGGGAGAACAUAGCGCAGGUCUGUGUCGGUGUCCACGAUGAUGUCACAAAGGAAUCGGUGAGGUAUUACAAUGAGAUGAGACGUCACUACUACACCACACCAAGCAGCUACCUGGAUCUCAUCAGACUCUACUCCAACAUGCUCGGGGAGCAGAAGGGAAACUUCAUGAACAACAAGAACCGUCUUGGUGUAGGAUUGUCCAAGCUGGGCGAGGCUAACUCACUGGUUGAUGCCAUGCAGGAUGAGCUGGUUGCUCUUGGUCCAAAGAUUGAAGAGAAGGCUAAGGACACGGAACUACUCUUAGAGCAGCUGUCCAAGGACCAGGAAGCAGUGGGCCAGGUUCAGGCCAUCGUAGAGCACGAGGAGUCCAUCAUGAAGAGAGAGGCACAGAUUGUAGAGGACUACGCUGAUCAAGCUCAGCAAGACCUGUCGUCCGUCAUCCCCGCCCUCCAAGAGGCCAUCGACGCCCUGGACUCCCUCGACAAGUCUGACAUCUCCGAGAUCCGCGUCUACUCCAAGCCGCCCGACCUGGUCAAUCAGGUUUUCGCUGCUGUCUGCGUCCUGUUCAGACAGAAGCCCGACUGGAGCACAGCGAAACACCUGCUGGCCGAUCAGGGCUUCCUCAAGAAGCUGGUCAACUUUGACAAGAACAACGUCCCCGAUAAGAUCUCUCGUCAAGUGAAGAAGUACACCUCCUUACCAGACUUCAUCCCUGAGAAGGUUGGUCAGGUAUCUUCAGCCUGCAAGUCUAUCUGUCAAUGGGUCCUAGCCCUGGAACACUAUGUAGAAGUCACAAAGAUGGUGAAACCCAAGCAGAAGAGAGUGGAAGAGGCCAAGGAAGCGCUCAAUCUUGCUCAAGACGGACUUAGGGAAAAACAGGAGAGUUUAUCCAAGAUCCAAGACCAUCUGAGGGUGUUACAGCAGCAGUACGAUGACAGCGUGCAUCAGAGAGAGUCACUGAGGGAGAGGAAAGUCCUGACCACACUCAGACUCAAGAGGGCGUCUGUUCUGAUUGCGGCCUUGGCUGAUGAGGAGGUGCGAUGGGCGGAGUCAAUGGACAUACUGGAGGGUAAACUCCAGGGUGUGGUGGGCGACACCCUGGUAUCUGCCUCCAGCAUUGCCUACCUGGGGGUCUUCACUGCCUCCUACAGGAGGGGAAUGAUCAACAAAUGGGUGGAUAUGUGUCAGAGUAGGGGAAUACCUUUGUCACAUGACUUCACUCUCAUUCAUUCCAUGGCUGAACCUAACAUAGUUCGUAAAUGGCAUAACGAAGGGCUACCUCAAGACAGUCACUCCACCGAGAAUGCCAUUUUUGUCAAGAGAGGUCAUCGAUGGCCACUCAUGAUUGAUCCUCAGGGCCAGGCUGGCAAGUGGAUCUGUGAGAUGGAAGGGGCUGCAUUGAUGAGAGUACAGGCCAACGACCCAAAUUUCAUCCGAGAUCUUGAGAGGGCUGUCAGGAUUGGAGAGCCAGUUCUUCUGGAGAAUGUGACCGAGAUCCUUGAUCCCAGUCUGAAGCCGAUCCUACUCAAGGAGUUUGUGAGACGUGGUGCCCAGGAUGUCAUCAAGCUAGGAGAUACAGAGAUAGAAUAUAAUCACAACUUCAGGUUGUACAUGACUACAAGCAUGGCCAAUCCUCACUUUCUACCAGCAGUGUGUAUCAGGGUGACCCUUAUCAACUUCACAGUGACCUUUGAAGGCCUGCAGGAUCAACUGCUAUCUACUGUAGUGCAGCAGGAGCAACCCGUCUUAGAGAAGCAGAGAGGAGAGUUAUUGGAGAGCAUCGCCAGAGACCUGACAUCACUUCGAGAUCUGGAGGACAAGUCUCUUAGUCUCCUUCAGAAAUCUGAGGGUCACAUUCUGGAUGACCAAGACUUGGUAGACACUCUGGAGAAGAGUAAGAAGAUGUCGGGAGAGAUCCAGAAGAGAGUCGGUGAAUCAGAGGUCACGCAGAAGAAGAUAGAACAGGCCCGCAAGAAAUACCUUCCAGUCGCUACCAGAGGAGCAGUACUGUACUUUGUGCUAGCUGACCUAGCAGCCAUUGAUGUCAUGUACCAGUUCUCCCUUCCCUGGUUCCAAAUGCUGUUUGGCAAGUGCAUUCGGGAUUCCUCCAGAGAAGGCUUGGCCAGCGUCAGCAGCAGCCAGAGGCCAGGGUCAGGUAACUCCGGCAGGCCCCUCAGUGGCAGGCUACGCCCCUCCAGCGCAAGGAAUAGUCCAGACCUCGGCAGGGACUCUCCCAUUCAAUCGCGGGGGAGUUCAAUGCCUGCCCUUCAAGGGAAGAACUUGGUGAGGCAUCUGCAGAGCAUGGUGCACAACCUGACAGAGACCAUCUACAAGGUUGUGUCAGUGGCACUUUUCAACCACCAUCAGCUGGUCUUCUCAUUCAUGCUGUGUAGUAGUAUCAUGCUUUCCAAUGGUCGUAUCCUGAGCAACGAUCAAGAUGAGGUCGGGGGCAGCAUGGGUGGUAUCUCGGAGGCUGAGUGGCAGGUCUUCCUGCAGGGCCAGGUACUGGCUGAGACAGCCGACCCCCUCAUCCUGGAGAAACACGACGGCCUCACCCCCAUGCAGCGCCUGGAGCUCGAGAGCAGAGGAGGAAGUGCCAAGAGCUCCCGUCCCAGCUCCAGCUCCUCCAUCGGGAGCAGAACCGGUCUGACGGGGCACGUCACCUCCAGGCCUCCCAAGUGGAUCCCGGAGAAGGCCUGGAAGCAGUGCCAGUACCUGUCUUCCACCCUGGAACCCUUCCAAGGGAUCUGCAUGUACAUACUCAACUGCCAUGAUCAGUGGAAGACCUUUGCCAAGGCCGAGGAUCCCUACAAGCUCAUGACGGAACCUUUUGUAAAACAGGCUUCAACUGAGAAAGAUCCCCCAACAGGGCCGACCCCAACUGGUGGGAGCCCCUUCAGCUGGGAGGUCCUCAAACCCAUCGAGAGGCUCCUGUUGAUCAAGGUCCUGAGACCUGACAGCCUGGUGGCCUCUGUCAGGGCCUUCGUCAAUGAGCUGAUGGGAGACAAGUUCUUGUCCAGUGGUGGCUUCGACCUCAAGGAGAUCUUUGAAGGAUCAACCGCAGCCAAUCCGCUUAUCUUUAUCUUGUCACCAGGUGUGGACCCCACAGCCCAGCUGAUGAGGUUCGCCCGUGACAUGAGGGGAAGUACCCUCCACGUCGACCUCAUCUCACUAGGGCGCGGCCAAGGCCCCAAGGCCGAGGAACUCAUCUCAAAGGCACAGAUCUUGAAGGGUAGAUGGAUCUUCCUGCAGAACUGCCAUCUUGCUGCUUCCUUCAUGCCCAGGCUUCAGGACAUUGUGGAAGGAUUCAGCAAGCCCAAUGUGGAGAUCGAUCCUCAGUUCAGGCUGUGGCUCAGCUCUAGACCCGAUCCAUCCUUCCCUGCAUCCAUCUUACAAACAGGCUUGAAGAUGACAGUGGAAUCCCCUCAGGGUCUGAAGGCCAACCUUCUGAGGUCCUUCGGCGGGGGAGGCGCGGGGGCCAUCACGGAGGAGAUGUGGGAGGAUUCGGCUCCAGGAGAGAACUGGAGGAGCUUGGUUUUUGGUCUCUGCUUCUUCAACGCCAUCAUCAACGAACGCAAGAAGUAUGGCGCCCUCGGUUGGAACAUCCCCCACGCUUUCAACGCUUCUGAUUUGGAGGUGUCGGUCCAGCUCUUGAAGAUGUUGCUGAUUCUCCACGAGGACACGCCCUGGGAGGCCCUGAUGUACCUGACGGGGGAGGUGGUGUACGGUGGGCGUGUCACCGAUAACUGGGAUAGGAGGUGCCUGCUGAGCAUACUCAAUACAUUCUACUGCAAGGAGGCUCUCCUGCCGGAAUACUGCUACUCACCUGACAGGAUUUACCACCCCCUUCCCAAGGGCUUUUCCCUGUCGUCCUGCCAGACGUACAUAGAGGGUCUCCCGGAGGCCGACAGACCUGAGGUGUUUGGCAUGCACCCCAAUGCAGAGAAGGCAUACAGGGAGAGCGAGGCACAGAAGCUGGUAAACACACUGCUGACUGUGCAACCCAGGGUUAGCAUGGGGAUCAUGGGGACUGGCAAGACCAGUGAUGAAAUAGUCCUGGAGCUCGCUGAGGAGAUCCGACGCCACCUGCCAGAGAGCAUCCAGAGUGACAUGGGGGAGCCGGAGAAGCUCCGGGGGCUCUCCAGGAAGCAGGCCAAGGAUGAGCCAGGAGCUACGGGAGGCAUGUUCCCCGGAUUCAAUAUGUCUGGUGGUGGUGGAGGGUUUGGAGCUGGGAAGAAGCAGGAGAAUAAAGUGGCCACACCCACGGUCAAGCCUUCCAAUGAGCCUCAGACCCCUUCUGCUCUGCUGACCAUCCUCCGCCAGGAGAUUGACCGCUUCAACCGUCUGCUAGGGGUGAUCCACACCUCGCUGACCUCCCUGGCUCUGGCCAUCAAGGGAGAGGUGGUCAUGUCUGACCAGCUGGAGGAGAUGUUCAAGGCACUGCUGAGCCAGAGGGUUCCCAAGGCGUGGCAGCAAGCCGCAUAUGAGUCGUGCAAGCCCCUUGGCUCGUGGGGUAUCGACCUCCAGCAGAGGGUAGACUUUUUCUCCCGGUGGUCUGACCUGAUACUGGCAGCCAAGGAGCGCAAGGAGAAGGCACAGGGAGCACAGCAGGGCCAGGUGCCCAUGGAGCCGGAGGACAUGGAGAACUUGAGGGAGCAGCCCAGGAGCUUCUGGCUACCGGGCUUCUUCUUCCCACAAGGUUUCCUGACAGCUGUUCAACAGAACCAUGCCCGGAGGGAAGGUGUGUCUGUGGAUUCUUUGACCUUUGACUUCCGCAUCAUGACGGCCACUGAUGACACCGAGGAGAGUCUGAGUAACGUCAAACAGGACGUCAACAUUCGGGAAUCAGCCUUCAAGGGUUCCAACCCCCCUGCUGAUGGGGUGCUGGUGUUUGGUUUGUUCCUCGACGGGGCACGCUUUGACCCCCUCAACCACACCAUCAAGGACUCCAGACCAGAGGAGAGGUUCUGCCGUCUCCCUGAAGUCCACUUCAUCCCAACUCAGAUACCACCAGAGGGCAUGAUACCACCUACCCCGUCCACCUCAGCCGCCACACCCACCCCGCCCCAAUCGGCUGCCUCGUCUGUAAGACGCAGGAACUACCCCAUCUACGAGUGCCCCCUCUACCGCACCUCUGCCAGGUCCGGUACCUUAUCCUCCACCGGUCUCUCUACCAAUUUCGUGACCUCCAUCGACCUCCCCACCGAGCAGUCUCCCGAUUUCUGGAUCAGGAGGGGCGUUGCGCUCCUGUGUCAGCUGGAUGAUUAGAGCAUGUACGUUGUAUCUUUCUUGAUAAGUUUGUCGUAGCAUUGUUGGGAGUCACAGGUAAUAAAUCUACCUAA